AAACUUUACUAUAAUUCCUCCAUUAUAAAUUCCAACGUAAUCCUAAAUAUUCUUGUUAACAGAUGGCUGUUGCUUUGUUACUUCAUAUAAUGGGGUGUCUUGCUCUAGUAAAGGGCCAAGUCAUCAGUACUUACGAAGUUCACCCUGCCAUCGUUGUUCCUACACAACCUACUUCUACUCUCACUGUUCAGACGACUAUAACUCACACAUUAAGGGAAACGACUACAUCAGACGUCUGGAUCACGGAUCAAACUCUACUCGCUCUAACAGUGACACAAACCACAACACACUGGGAUUUCAUUCCUCAAGAACCACGAACAGUACAUCUACAAUCGGGGUCAUUUCAACCCCGGGUGAGAACCUGCCGUUCUUAUGUUUUCAUAACAUUCCAAAAUAAAACUCCUUUUUAA